AUGGGUUCACCAUUUACUAUGGUUUUAGCAAAUAUUUAUAUGUUAGAAUGGGAGCAAAAAUUAAUUCAACACCAAAAUAGACAUCAUGAAAUUUAUGGACGGUUAAUUUUGCAUUUAUUAGUUACUUUUUUUUUUACUCUAAUAAUCAUAAAUAUUUAUGGAUAUAUUGACGACGUAUUUAUGACAACCAAUAUAUCCAAAGAAGAUAUUCUGAAAGAACUUGAUGAAACCGUUAAAACAGAUUCAAAUGUUACAAUUAGUACUACUAUCAGUCAAUCAUUAGAAUAUCUUGAUGUUACUAUUGAAAAUAAUAAUGGACAUUUAAAAAUAUCUGUUUAUCAUAAAUUAGCUUCAGAACCCUAUAUUCUACCUUAUGAAUCUGAUCAUCCAAGACACGUUCAUGCGAAUAUAAUUUAUAUUGCAUUAGUGCGAGCUGCACGUAGAUGUUCCAAUGUGGAAGGUUUUGAUAUGGAACGAUUAAGUACAGAAAUGAUAUUACUAGUUAACGGUUAUCGACCAAAAUUUAUACAACAUCAUAUAAAAAACAUUCUUUGUCAAAUAUGA